UCUUUCUGCUCUACAGGCUCGCAGCACUGACAGCCUGGAUGGCCCAGGGGAAGGCUCAGUGCAGCCCCUGCCCCCGUCUGGGGGGCCCAGUGUGAAGGGCAAGCCUGGGAAGAGGCUCUCGGCUCCUCGAGGUCCCUUUCCCCGGCUGGCUGACUGUGCCCAUUUCCACUACGAGAACGUUGACUUUGGCCACAUUCAGCUCCUGCUGUCUCCAGAGCGUGAAGGUCCCAGCUUCUCUGGAGAGAAUGAACUGGUGUUUGGGGUGCAGGUGACCUGUCAGGGCCGUUCCUGGCCAGUUCUCCGCAGUUAUGAUGACUUCCGUUCCCUGGAUGCCCACCUCCACCGGUGCAUAUUUGACCGGAGGUUUUCCUGCCUCCCAGAGCUUCCCCCACCCCCAGAGGGUGCCAGGGCUGCCCAGAUGCUGGUGCCGCUGCUGCUGCAGUACCUGGAGACCCUGUCAGGGCUGGUGGAUAGUAACCUCAACUGCGGGCCCGUGCUCACCUGGAUGGAGCUGGACAACCACGGCCGGCGACUGCUCCUCAGUGAGGAGGCCUCGCUCAAUAUCCCCGCGGUGGCCGCCGCCCACGUGGUGAAGCGGUACACAGCCCAGGCACCCGACGAGCUGUCCUUUGAGGUGGGAGACAUUGUCUCAGUGAUCGACAUGCCGCCCACGGAGGAUCGGAGCUGGUGGCGGGGCAAGCGGGGCUUCCAGGUCGGAUUCUUCCCCAGCGAGUGUGUGGAGCUGUUCACAGAGCGGCCGGGUCCAGGACUAAAGGGGGAUGCCGACGGUCCCCCGGGUGGUGUCCCAGCUCCCCAGGGUAUCUCCUCUCUGACCUCAGCUGUGCCCCGGCCGCGUGGGAAGCUGGCCGGCCUCCUCCGCACCUUCAUGCACUCCCGCCCUUCCCGGCAGCGGCUGCGGCAGCGGGGCAUCUUGCGGCAGAGGGUGUUCGGCUGUGACCUUGGAGAGCACCUCAGCAACUCGGGCCAGGAUGUGCCCCAGGUGCUUCGCUGCUGCUCUGAGUUUAUCGAGGCCCAUGGGGUGGUAGAUGGAAUCUAUCGGCUCUCGGGUGUGUCAUCCAACAUCCAGAGGCUACGGCAUGAGUUUGACAGUGAGAGGAUCCCUGAACUGUCUGGCCCCGCCUUCCUGCAGGACAUCCACAGCGUGUCCUCCCUCUGCAAGCUCUACUUCCGAGAGCUGCCGAACCCCUUGCUCACAUACCAGCUCUACGGGAAGUUCAGCGAAGCCAUGUCAGUGCCUGGGGAGGAGGAACGCCUGGUGCGGGUCCACGACGUCAUCCAGCAGCUGCCCCCGCCGCACUACAGGACCCUGGAGUACCUGCUGAGGCACUUGGCCCGCAUGGCGAGACACAGUGCCAACACCAGCAUGCAUGCCCGCAACCUGGCCAUCGUUUGGGCACCCAACCUGCUACGGUCCAUGGAGCUGGAGUCAGUGGGGCUGGGGGGGGCAGCAGCCUUCCGGGAGGUGCGGGUGCAGUCGGUGGUGGUGGAAUUCCUGCUCACCCACGUGGACGUCCUGUUCAGCGACACUUUCACCUCUGCUGGCCUUGACCCUGCAGGCCGCUGCCUCCUCCCCAGGCCCAAGUCCCUUGCGGGCAGCGGCCCCUCCACUCGCCUGCUGACGCUGGAGGAAGCCCAGGCUCGCACCCAGGGCCGGCUGGGGACGCCCGCCGAGCCCACAACUUCCAAGGCCCCAGCUUCACCUGUGGAAAGGAGGAAAGGGGAGAGAGGCGAGAAACAGCGGAAGCCUGGGGGUAGCAGCUGGAAGACCUUCUUUGCCCUGGGCCGGGGCCCCAGCAUCCCCCGAAAGAAGCCUCUUCCCUGGCUAGGGGGCACCCGUGCCCGACCGCCGCCUUCAGGCAGCCGACCUGACACUGUCACACUGAGGUCUACCAAGAGUGAGGAGUCUCUGUCAUCGCAGGCCAGCGGGGCUGGCCUCCAGAGGCUGCACAGGCUACGGCGACCCCACUCCAGCAGUGAUGCUUUUCCUGUGGGCCCAGCACCUGCUGGCUCCUGCGAGAGCCUGUCAUCGUCCGAGCCCUCCGAGUCCUCCGAGUCCUCCUCCUCCGAGUCCUCCUCCUCCGAGUCCUCAGCAGCUGGGCUGGGGGCACUCUCCGGUUCCCCCUCACACCGAGCCUCAGCCUGGCUAGAUGAUGGUGACGAGCUGGACUUCAGCCCACCCCGUUGCCUGGAGGGGCUCCGGGGGCUUGACUUUGAUCCCCUUACCUUUCGAUGCAGCAGCCCCACCCCAGGGGACCCUGCACCUCCCGCCAGCCCGGCCCCCCCGGCCCCCGCCUCUGCCUUUCCACCCAGGGUGACCCCCCAGGCCCUCUCGCCCCGUGGGCCCACCGGCCCUGCCUCACCCAUUGCCCUGGACAUCUCAGAGCCCCUGGCUGUAUCGGUGCCACCCGCUGUCCUGGAGCUGCUGGGGGCUGGGGGAACACCUGCCUCGGCCACCCCAGCGCCAGCCCUCAGCCCCAGCCCAGGCCUGCGCCCCCAUCUCAUCCCCCUGCUGCUGCGUGGAGCUGAGGCCCAGCUGAGCGACACCUGCCAACAGGAGAUCUGCAGCAAGCUGGCACUGCCUGGUCCCCGGGGAGCCCAAGGCCAGCAUGGUGCUGGUAUGGAUUCACCGCUGCUGCCCCCGCCCCUGUCCCUCCUUCGCCCUGGGGGGGCCCCGCCCCCGCCUCCUAAAAACCCAGCACGCCUCAUGGCCCUGGCCCUGGCUGAGCGGGCUCAGCAGGUGGCUCAGAGACAGAGUCAACAGGAGCAGGGGAGCACCCCGUCUGCUCCCCACUCCCCUUUCCAUGGCUCACUGUCCCUGGAGGUGGGCAGUGAGCCCCCAGGGACCUCAGGGAGUGGGCCACCCCCCCACUCCCUAGCCCACCCGGGUGCCUGGGCUCCGGGACCCCCACCCUCCCUACCGAGACAACAAAUCGAUGGGAGCCUGGUGAGGAGCCAGCGGCCCACGGGGACCUCAAGGAGGGGACCCAGGGGCCCUUCCCAGGUCAGUGCCCAGCUCAGGACAGGUGGGAGGUGCAGGGAUGUGCCAGAGAUGGCAGCCCACUCCCUGUGUUCUGUCCCCCCACAGGUUCCUACCCCUGGCUUCUUCUCCUCAGCCCCCCGGGAGUGCCUACCAUCCUUCCUCGGGGUCCCCAGACCAGGCUUGUACCCCCUCGGCUCCCCAUCCUUCCAGCCCAGCCCCCCGGCCCCAGUCUGGAGGAGCCCCCUGGGUCCCCUUGCACCACUGGACAGAGGAGAGAACCUGUACUAUGAGAUCGAGGCAGGCGAGGGGUCCCCUUACUCUGGUCCCACCCGGUCCUGGAGUCCCUUGCGUUCCAUGCCCCCAGAUAGGCUCAAUGCCUCGUAUGGCAUGCUUGGCCAAUCACCACCACUCCAUAGGUCCCCCGACUUCCUGCUCAGUUACCCACCACCCCCCUCCUGCUUUCCCCACGACCACCUUGGCUACUCAGCCUCCCAGCACCCUGCCCGGCGCCCCACCCGACCUGAGCCCCUCUAUGUCAACCUAGCCCUAGGGCCCAGGGGUCCCUCACCCGCCUCUUCCAGCUCCUCCUCCCCUCCGGCCCACCCCAGAAGCCGCUCUGAUCCUGGUCCCCCAGCCCCCCGCCUCCCCCAGAAACAGCGGGCCCCCUGGGGCCACCACACCCCUCACAGGGUGCCUGGGUCCUGGGGCCCUUCAGACCCUCUCCCCUACAGGGCAGCCCCACCAGCCUAUGGGAGGGGGGGCGAGCACCACCGAGGGUCCUUGUACAGGAAUGGGGGGCAAGGAAGGGAGGGGGCUGGUCCCCCACCCCCCUACCCCACUCCCAGCUGGUCCUUCCACUCUGAGGGCCAGACCCGAAGCUACUGCUGAGCCAGAGCUGGGAGAGACCUUCCUCCUUCCUCUUCUCCCUCACUGAUCUUGGUCCAACCUAAUCCCUUGUUUUGUAUUUUCUUGAGCUCCUGACCCCUACCCCAGGUUUCUAACUUUGUAACUUGCCUCUGAUGUGGGUCCCUAACCUGUUAUCAUAGCUUACCUACCCUGGGCUGAAGGGCAUGCCCAUCCCCCCACCAUCCUCCAUCCUGGGGGCUCUUGCACAAAUCUGAGAGGGUUAGGCUGACUCCCUGUCCUCCCUUUCUCUCCAGGAGUUCCCAGCAUGUCCUGUCCUGUGCACAGGGGGUGGGGGGACAGCUCCUGCCAUCUCCCCCCACAUACCCCACUAAACCAUCUGACAAAAUUAAUGAAUAAAAAUGGUGAAAAUGUGGCUGCUAGUGUCAUGCUGGGGCCAGGCUCAGUGAAUAAAGAGGCAGUAACAGAUG